GCCAUCUUGAGAAGGGGCGGGGAAGGCGGCCUGGCGGAGGCGGGGCGUGUGUAACUCCUGCUGACUGGAUCGUAUCCGACCGCCGGACGUCCUCUCCCCAGCUGCUCUGUCUGCGGCCAUGAACAGGGAAGUGAGGACGGAACCUCUGCGCGGGGACCGUCCUCUGCGGAUACCCGGCGCCCGCCACUCCGUGAUGGUUCUGCUGCAGGGCUACGCCGAGCCCGAGGGGCCGGGCGAGGUGGUGCGAGCCGACGGCUCCGUGACCCUCGUCCUGCCCCAGGCCUGGAGCCCGGCCUCUGACACCCGAGAGCCCCUGCCCGAGAGCGGCGACGCGGAGACCGCCCUGGAGGCGGCGGCCCGGGGCCCCAUCCUCGUGGACACCGGGGGCCCCUGGGCCCGCGAGGCGCUCGUGGGGGCCCUGGCGGAGCAAGGCGUGGUGCCGGGACACGUGACUCUCGUGGUGGGCACCCACGGGCACUCGGACCACAUCGGGAACCUGGGGCUGUUCCCCGGUGCGGCGCUGCUGGUGUCGCACGACUUGUGCCUGCCCGGGGGCCGCUACCUGCCGCACGGGCUGGGCGAGGGGCGGCCGCUGCGGCUGGCGCCGGGGCUCGAGGUGUGGGCCACGCCGGGGCACGGCGGCCAGCGCGACGUGAGUCUGGUGGUGGCCGGCACGGGCAUGGGCACCGUGGUGGUGGCGGGCGACGUGUUCGAGCGCCACGGCGACGAGGGCUCGUGGCAGGCGCUGAGCGAAGACCCGGUGGCCCAGGAGCGGAGCCGAAGGAGGGUCCUAGGCAUUGCCGACGUGGUGAUCCCCGGCCACGGAGCCCCCUUCACAGUGGUCAGGGGCACCGAGGGGCUGAGGAGCAGCCCACAGGACUCGCGGGUUGAAGACGGGAGCCCACAGGGAAUUUGUGACAUGGAGGGACGGGGCUGAGUAGCAGAGGGUGGUGGCUUCCUGCCCUCCCCUAGGAUCCAUGUUCUCCAAGGACAGAGUGUGCUAAGUACUGCUACCUCCAAUGCCACCGGUAUCACUAUACAACCAAGUGAGGAGCGAGAAUUGGCACCAGUCUGUAUCAUCUGUGCUCCUUAUGUAGACGACAAGGUCAUCCGAAAUAAAAACUGGAAACUGCACUGAAAA